AUGAUCAUAGUAGACGAUCACGAUGAUCGGGUGCAGUACUCAGAGGGCUGGUUCACCUCUGGGUCCUACCCGGAGUAUCUCAACACGACACAUGCGGCCAUCGGAGUGGGGCAGACGGCUACUCUCAGCUUCACCGGCGUGUCCAUUUCCGUGUACGGAACGCUGUCCGGCUUUGGUCUCGGCGGCAUACCAACGUCCCAGUACGUCGUCGAUGGGGCGGAGCCUGUCAGUUUUACAGCUCCGAAUAUCUCUGGGGCGUCGUAUCAUUACCAGUACUUCUCAUCGGACCUCCUCGAAGACGGAACUCACUCGCUGGUCGUGACGAAUACAAAUGACGGGACGUUCUGGUUAGACUUCUUUGAGUAUUUGCCCUCGCCGAGUACGUUCUGA